AUGGCGCCCGAACGGUGGGACGAUGAGGAGGACAGUGUCUCCCCUCCUCCUGUGGCUCCUCGUCGCAGAUUCGACGAUGAAGAAGAAGAUGAGGUCCUCGACUCCUGGGACGCCGCUGAAGACUCCGAAGUAGAGCGGGAAAAGGCAGCCAAAGCGGCCGAAGCCAAGGCUAAGGCCGACGCCGAAGCUGCCGCAAAGAAGAAGAGCAAGUCGCAGCGUAUACAGGAACACAAGGAGGAGCGCAAAAAGAAGGCCGAAGAGGAGGAUUCCGACAGCGAGGAGGAGGACGAUGCCGACAAGAGAGCCCGUCUGCGCCGCGCCCAGAAGGAUGCCGAUCUCAAGCACGCUGAAGAUCUGUUCGGUGAUAUCGACCUCAACCGGAACCGCGGCGCCCCCAAGGCUAUCGUUAUUAGUGACUCGGCCGACCCGACGCAGGCCGUCGAUCUUUCUGCCAUGCCUUUAUUCAAGCCUACCACUAAGGAGCAGUUCGCUCGUUUGACUUCCACCCUUAUCCCGCUCCUGACUCCCCAUUCGAAGAAGCCUCACUAUUCCCUGUGGGCGCAGGAGUUUGCUAAGCAGCUUGUUAAGGAGCUGAACAGCGCAGAUGUCAAGAAGAUCGCUAGUGCUAUGACUACUAUGAGCAACGAGAAGAUGAGAGAGGAGCGCGCCGCUGACAAGGGCAGCAAGAAGAGCAAGGCGGCCAAGACGAAGGUGUCACUGGUUACUUCCAGAGAUAACAAGCUUGAUGCUGAUUAUGACAAUGGUGAUGAUGGAUUGGGUGAUGACGAUUUCAUGUGA